UCUUCUAGCUCUAUUCUAUAGUCCUAUUAUGAUGACCUGAUGCUGUCAGACUUGGUAGAAGAGAUGCAUAUUAUGGCCUCUGGUUAGUACAAUUAAACACAUUCAUCCUGCUUGCGUUUGCACUUUGUUUGCUGAUAAUAUCUGGCAUAGAUACCCAAGGCUGUUUGUAUACAGCUGCUGCACAUUGCUGCAGAGUACUUGGCAGAAUUCGCACACCACAUGCAAAACCUCUUGCUGAAAGGCAGCACUGAGUGGGAGAGAAGAAGCUUCUGUAGAAUUCGCUCAAGAAAAUGUGCAGGGAGGCCAUGUUACUCAAUCCUCCCUGUGUUAACUAAGCAUAAAAUCCAAAAAGUCUGGAGGAGGAGCGCAGAGGACUGGGAACAGAUUGAAUCAGUGUUCAGUAGCAGAAGGUUCAGCGCUACAUGUAGGGUCCUGGGAAAAGGUGUCAUGGCCGUCUCCAACUUGGGUGACUCCUCGCAGGGGACCGGUAUGGCCACCGGGCUGCCUGCGGCUACGAUUUCUGACACUGCAUCGCCAGCCAGCCCAAAUUUUUCUAGGAUUCCGGAGGAGCAGCCAUUCACCAUAGAGCAACCAACAUUCCUCAUGACGACCACUGCACAGGCCAUCUCAGGGUUCUUUGUGUGGACUGCGCUAUUGCUCACCUGCCACCAGAUUUACAUGCACCUGCGCUCCUACAGCUGCCCCAAUGAGCAGCGUCACAUUGUGCGGAUCCUUUUUAUCGUCCCUAUAUAUGCCUUCGACUCCUGGCUUAGCCUCCUCUUCUUCACCAAUGACCAGUACUAUGUCUAUUUUGACACUGUGCGGGACUGCUAUGAGGCUUUUGUUAUCUACAAUUUCUUAAGCCUCUGCUACGAAUAUCUAGGUGGGGAGAGCAACAUUAUGUCAGAGAUCCGAGGGAAGACCAUUGAGUCUAGCUGUAUGUACGGCACCUGCUGCCUAUGGGGGAAAACAUACUCUAUUGGAUUUCUGCGCUUUUGUAAACAGGCAACCCUUCAGUUUUGUGUGGUAAAGCCUCUCAUGGCGGUGAUAACAGUCAUACUUCAGGCCUUUGGGAAGUACAGAGAUGGAGAUUUCAACGUGGCCAGCGGGUAUCUGUAUGUGACCAUAAUCUACAACAUCUCGGUCAGCCUUGCGCUCUACGCUCUGUUCCUGUUUUACUUCGCCACGCGGGAACUGCUCAGCCCGUACAGCCCCGUGCUCAAGUUCUUCAUGGUGAAGUCUGUUAUUUUCCUGUCCUUCUGGCAAGGUAUGCUUCUGGCUAUUUUGGAAAAAUGUGGCGCCAUCCCAAAAAUCCAUUCAGCGGAGGUAUCAGUAGGGGAGGGCACUGUAGCUGCCGGGUACCAGAACUUCAUCAUUUGUGUAGAGAUGUUCUUUGCCGCCAUCGCCCUGCGUUACGCUUUCACAUACCGAGUUUAUGCAGACAAGAGGCUGGACGCCCAAGCUGUUCCAUCUUACGACCCGUAUGGACGCUGUGCCCCCAUGAAGAGCAUCUCUAGUAGCCUGAAGGAAACCAUGAAUCCUCACGACAUUGUGCAAGAUGCCAUCCACAACUUCUCCCCAGCCUACCAGCAGUAUACUCAGCAAUCCACACUGGACCAAGGCUCAGGCUGGCGCAAUGGGCAGAUCAUCUCUCGAUCACAGAGCCUCUCAGGGGCCCGAGAUACAGAAAAGACCCUGCUCCUGAGUUCUGAUGAUGAGUUCUGAUCCAGGUUGCAUAUAGGCCGGUGACACGGCUAGCGUUCAGACAGCCUGGACAUACAGCUGCCUUUUCUUACUUGGCUGAAGGAACAUAUCUGUGGCCACAAACAUCUCUUUUAACCCUCUCUAAGAUGCCACUGCUACACAGGGUUAAAAAAGGGGGGAGGAUUAUAAAGGCCGCUGGUUGCAGGUUGAGAGGAGUUGUGGCCCUUCAGUAUGCAGUUGUUUUUCAGCCUCAAAAUUUGCUCUAUUUAUUUUUCCUUUGUGAAUUCCCUGAUUGUUUAAACCCAGAAUGUGACAGUAGAUAAGGAUCACUUUGCCCAUUUUGUGCAUCUUGCCAGAGGUAAAACCUCUUUUGGAGGUCAUGUGAUCUGUUUCCUGGACAUCCUCCAACACAGCCGUAGCUCUGACACACAACGUGGAGGGGAGCUAUAGGCACCUCGUUCUAUAAAAUGCACUUCACAGGCGCAACAGCUCCCCAGCGUUUCUGUAUGGUGGUCACAGCAUUGCAGUCGUUUUGUUUUGUUUUUUUUGUCAUUAUAUAGAGAGGAUGUUUUGGAGUCACCUUUUAACUGUGUUUGGUCAUAUGAAGGUAUCAAAACCUACAACAAGCCUGGGAGAGAUUUCCAGCAAAUAUGUAGGCUCUAAUUAUUGCUGCUACUUUAUGUUUGUCGGUUUUAUGGGAAAAGCAGCAGCAGAAGAUUAGGGUCACUGUCAUGGAAGGAAAAGUUCUAACCUCAGAAGUUUUUUGUUUUAUUGUUUUUAAAAAUUUUACUUGAGCGAGAUUUCAACUCUAUGUCUUUGAAUUUGAUAGAGCAGAGGGGAAACGGAAGCAGACAGCCCCUUAGAUCUGUUACACGGUAUCAGCUUUUGGUUUGUCAGUGGCAGCCUACAGCGCAUAUAGCAUUGUGUAGUCUUUACUAGAGACCAGCAACAUGCUUUCAGUUUAAAGGGGCGUUAAACUAAACCUUCAUUUAGUACAAAAAUAUACCAUACAUUAUUUUGCAUGUUUUUUUACCCUGUAAUUGACCUGCAAAAAGUGUUCUUAUUUUAUUAAUCUCCUCAAAUAGGUGCAUGUAGUACACGUAGUAAAGUUGCAGUAAUUGAAGACUA